AUGUCUGAAUAUCUCUCAUUCAACCCAUCGUGUAUACAAAUGAUCAGUGCCUUUUCUAUUCUCCUCAUUGUUAUUCAACGGACUUUUAUCAAUGCGUGUAUACCUACACAACAAAUUGAAACCACUACAUAUCCUUAUAUAGCACCUACGACCAUUACUGUCCCUACUACCACUACUGAACCUACUACCACUACUACAACUACGACCACGACUACUACAACUACUGAGACCCCCACGACAACUACAGUUGCAAAUUGCGUAUCCUGUACGGCUGGCUUGCUCACAUUCACCACAGGAAAUAUUGGUGAUACCACCCCUAUUCAAUCACCUGGAACCGACGCAAAUAACUGUGCAAUUCUUACUUUGACGUGUCAAGGUACACCUGUUGAUCCAUUAAACAAUAUUUAUAUGGAAUACUUCUCCAAUUCAAAAGUCCCACGAAAUGCUGGCGCCGAUAGCAGUACACGGGCACCUUGA